AUGACAACCAGACGUAUUAUUCCAAGAGCACAGAGCGCUACGUCAGGGCCGAGUCCGAGAACAGCUCCACCCAUGCAACCAUCGAAGCAUUUCCCGACCCUAGAAGAGAUUCGCUCUGUUAUUCCCACGUUCGGCAUCGCAUUCGACGAGUAUCGUGCGAUUUUCAAACCACGUUAUGGCCGCAAAGGCAAGAAAUUCGGUCGUUUGGCCGCGCAGGUCGUAACCUCGAGACCGGGCGCUGGACGUGUUGUUUUCAGAAAACCGAACGCUAUGUUCAUACCAAAGGACUGGCAGUAUACACCAAACCCCGUUCCACCCUUUUCGUCACUCGAUGAGAUCCGCGCUGCAAUUCCCAAUUAUGGUAUCACGGUCACGGCUUUGGUGACGCUGUUCAUCACUCGCUUGACUGGCGAGGGCGCUGGGCAGCGGUUUGCGGAUCUGAUUCAGCAGGUUGCGUUUGUGCCGAGGGGUACUACGAUUCUUAUACCCCAGGAUGACGGAUAUCUGGAGGUUGAGGAACGCGAGUCCGAGCGAUAUCGAUACAUUUCCCGGCAGACAAUACCUUCUGAGAUGAGGAGACAGACGCACCGCUGGCGAUACGGUCAGGCGUGGCAAGGUUGGGGUAGAAGGGGGGACUGA